CUCCCCCACACUUAAGCACGACAUUUCCCUUAAUGGAGCAGAGGGAUAGAGAAGGGGAACGAUGUUACCGGAUCGAAAUGCUGUGGGAGACUGGAAGUGGACCAGUCAGCGUGGGACAUAUGGAACGAGCGGACAGUUCUGCACUAAGGGAACAUGAAGAACACACUAGCACAUGUUCCUUAGGGAUAAGAGUUGGCCCAGAUGGCCACAAAAGAAACAAUCCACAAAAGAAAAGAAACACAACACACGACAAACUCAGAUCAAGCUCCUCAAACACAUGGAGCAAACAGAAAAGUCUAAAUAAAAAACAUACACUGAGGGGCGACAAGUACAGCCUACUCGUCGCCAAGGUUGUCCAGAUCAAUGUCAUUCAUAAAUGCAUCAUCAUCAUCAGCUGGUGGAGGUGAAAGUGGAGAGUCCUCCCAGGGAGUCCUCUAGACUGGCUGCUCGACCGGUAGUAGCUGGAGCAGAUGCCUCUGGACCUCCUGCAUGCGCCUAGCUCGGGCCUACUCCCUCUCGAUGCGCGCCAAUGCCACCCCCUGCUGGGUCUCCAUCCUAUCAAGGCGCUCAUCAUACGCAGCCAUCCGGGUCUGGUACUCGGCAUGGUGAGCCGAAUACUGCUGCUGAAACUGCAUCUGAUAGUCGUAGAGCUGCUGAUUCUGGAGACGCAGCUGCUCGAACUGCUGAGUGAAGUAGUCCUGUCCGGGGAAGGUGGACCUGCCACCCCCAUACUAGAAGGUGGUGGGGCGGGCGGCAGCAGUAUCAUCCACAUCCUCGGGAUGGACCUCCUCAUCAGCCGCACCCUCGGGAACCUCCGUCAGGACCUCCUCUGGGAUCUGAGGUUGAGGAAACCCCUUGAUCCACAUAACACCCCGCACUUCUCAAAGCAGGUGCAUUUUACUGAUCGUAAACCGGCCAAAGGCACUGGUGUCUCCCUGCUCUGUGCACCCCUGCAGGGGUAUCUGGAAGUAGUCUUCCAGGUGGGUGAUGAGGGGAGUGCAGUGGAGUUUCUUCAGCUCAGAAGCACUCUUGUCGAAGGUCCUCGCCACCACCGAGCCCAAGUGGAGGGGAUGAUCCCUCUGGCGCAUAGACUGGAUGAAGUACAUCACUCUCUUGGUGAUGGCGCUGGCACUGUCUGAGGCAGGAGUGUAAGACUUGGCCAGCAUGUGAUGGAGGAUGCGGUUGUCGAGCUGCAAUGUGCUGGCCUUCGCCUUCCCCGCCUUUAAGGGAAGCUGACCCGGCCGAGCGAGGCGGUGGUACAGUGU